UACGGCUUGAAAGGGUUGUGGUCUGAUGGGAUAUAUGGUAUUAAUAAGAAGCUGUUGCAAGGUUACAUUUGUGUAGAUUCCAUUUAUUAAUGUUCACUGUGAGACGUCAGUAAUUUUCUUUGGAAAUGGAAAGCUGACUGUAAAGACUUUAUGCAGCUUGACAGAUUUUCACGUGGUUACAGGCUACUGACAGUUAGCUAGCGCUAUAUGACGUUGAGGAUAAUCAUUACUGAAUAGCUUAUAAUGAGCAUGUGUGGAAAUGUUGCAUAAUUGCAAUGUAUACCUACACAUUAAUAUUUUAAAUCGAUUAUUAAAGUUUAAUCCAAACGUUACCGUUAUGUAAUAUUAUACAUUAUUAUUAUAUUAAAAGUGAAAAUAAAUGAUAAGCAUUGGGUGAAGAUUCCGUGCCCGAACCGCACUCAUUCGGCCAUGGUUAAAGUCCCGCACUGCAGUGAGCGAUGCCAGUGAUGGGAAGGUCAUAUUAGCAAAGCGGGAGCUGGAUCGUACUGCGCAAAACCCCACAGUCUGGACCGAGACCUGACGUCAGAGGUAGCCAUUAGAGGCGUUUUUUGACAGCCGGGGUUUCUGAUAGGGUACCGAGAAACCCGAACCUAAUGGAAGUAGAGCUCACAAGAUGCCGUAGCUCUCCCGCAACCGUGCGCUUUUCCCCCCUUUUGUCUCAAGGAGUCCGAAAGCGGCGCAGUCAAGUGCAGGGGGCAUAAUAAAGAGCUUAGCAAAAAAAAGGACGCAGUUCGAGCCCUGUGGUAAAAACCGCUGCAGGUUUAUAUCUUCGCCGCUUGUUGGUGGCAUCCUUAUGUAAAACAGUAAGCAAGGGCCGUUUAGGUGUUAGCUUACUAUACCAUAAAUUUAGUAAGGUUUAAUCGAAACACCAACAAAACAAAAUGCAUAAUAAUACUAAAUAUUUUACCAGUUAAAUUACGUCGCAAGUGGAAUUAAAGUAAGGAAAGAAAUAGGGUUCUCAUGUUGAACUUGGUGUGGUGAUGCUUGCUUGAUUUUGCGAUAUAUUUGUCCAAAUUCAUCUGGAAAUGGGAUCUUUGACAAGUAGACAAAAUGCGGGAGUGGAGGAGGUCGACAUCCCCUCUAAUUCGGUCUACCGAUACCCACCGAAAUCCGGUAGUUACUUUGCCAGCCAUUUCAUCAUGGGAGGAGAAAAGUUUGAUUCCACUCACCCAGAAGGGUACCUCUUCGGGGAAAAUACAGACCUGAAUUUCCUUGGCAACAGACCAGUAGCGUUCCCGUACGCUGCCCCACCCCCCCACGAGCCCGUGAAGACUCUGCGCAGCCUCAUCAACAUCCGCAAAGACACACUGAGAUUAGUCAGGUGCAGCGAGGACAUGAAGCUGCUCCGGGAUGAGGAGGGAAAGAGUCCUGCCAGCUACAACGUGGAGUUCACCUUCGAUGCAGACGCUCAGGUCGCCAUUACCAUCUUCUACCAGGCCAUUGAGGAGUUCCACAACGGUGUUCCCAUAUACCUGCCCCAGGACAGCUCACUGCAAUCUGAGACGGUGCACUUUAAGAGGGGCGUUUGCCAGCAUUUUUGUCUGCCCUCCCAUUCUGUCAACCUCUCAGAGUGGAGCGACGAAGAGCUUGUUUUUGACAUGGACAGAGACGUCUACCCCAUGGUGGUGCAGGCCGUGGUAGAUGAAGGAGAAGAGCAUUUAGGCCACUCCCAUGUGCUGCUGGCCUCCUUCGAGAGGCACAUGGACGGCAGCUACUGUGUGAAACCACUGAAGCAGAAACAAGUGGUGGAUGGAGUCAGUUACCUCCUACAGGAGAUUUAUGGCAUCGAGAACAAGUACAACAGCCAUGAAAACAAGGCAGCAGACGACGAGAUCAGCGACAACAGCGCAGAGUGCGUGGUGUGUCUCUCGGACGUGCGUGACACCCUCAUCCUGCCGUGCAGACACCUGUGCCUCUGCAAUGCCUGCGCAGACACGCUGCGCUACCAGGCCAACUGCUGCCCCAUCUGUCGACUGCCAUUCCGAGCUCUGCUGCAGAUCCGAGCCAUGAGGAAGAAGCUGAGCCCACUAUCACCCACAGGAUUCAAUCCUGUCAUCACGUCCCAGACCUCUGACUCGGAAGAGCACUCGGCCUCGGAGCGCAUACCCCCCGGGUACGAAGCCGUAUCUCUGCUGGAGGCCCUCAACGGCCCGCUAAGCCCCUCCACCUCGGCUCCCCCCCUGCCAAAUCUGACCCCGGGCCACGUCUCUGGGACCUUGCUGUCCUACGGAACUGAGGCUCACCCCCCCACCGCACGGUCCCUCUCCCCCCUUGAGCGAUACCUGGACCCCGCUCAAGGUCUUAAGCUCAAGAAGAGCGGCUCUAAGUCCCUCUCCCAGAAUUCCUCCAUGCUGCCAGAAGAGGACGACGAGAAGUCCUGUAGUGAGUCAGAGGUGCAGGCAUGUCGGAGGAAGAUGGCGGUUGGUCAGCAAGAGUGUGGCGUAACACCAGACAGCGAGAACUUCACCCUGUCGUCCUCUGGAGCUAUUGACCGGUCGUCCUGCACUGGCACUCCCCUGUCCUCCACCAUCACUUCCCCUGAAGAUCCUGUUAGCAGCAGUCUGGCCCAGUCCGUGAUGUCGAUGGCGUCCUCACAGAGCCAGCACUCCCAGCUCAGCACCGACACCAUGUCCUCCAUGUCAGGCUCCUAUUUGCCCGGGGCUGAGGCAGAGGCCCUGGAGAACUCCAGUGAGAGCAGGGGGCCGUCCCAGCAGGAGGGCGAGGAAACGCCCCUUGAUGUGAAGGAGCAAAAUUUUGCCGCCGCUCUUGCAGAAGAGCAGGACUCUGAGGGUAAUGAUGUCACAGAAGAAGACUGCUCACCCACCCAGGAUCCGGGUGGGCGAAGGAGAAGCGAGAUGCCUUGUCCAGAGUUUGACAAUAACAAUCAGGGCCGGUCUGACACCCCCUGCUUGACAGGGCUGGACAAUGAGCAGUGUCCUGAAAGCCGAUUCGCUGGCCUACUGUACCUGGGAUUCAGCCAACAAGGACGACAAGCCCUGACUCAGCAUGUCUCCACGAGCAACAUUAACCUGGAGGAGAAAGGGUCCGACAGCUCGCCCUGUCAUGGACCCCUCGCUAUAUAACCCCCCCCCCCCCCCCUCCGCUCUCAACAUUCGAGUCCCAGUCCCCCCCACAAACCCACAGGCCAACCUUUUAGCAUUGAUGGACAGUGUCUACUUAGGUAGGAACCUGGGCCAAAUGUUCCAAAGGGGAAAAAAGUACAGUAUUCUCUCUUUAAAAGGGUGUAAGAUUUAAAGUGUUUGUGUGAAAUAAAGGCAGGUUCUUGGAUUAGAGGUUGAUGAUAGGGGCACCUGAUGGCCUUGGUCUUUUUAAUACUGUUGGUCCAUUUUCAGCAUUAACAGUCCUGGAACAGCCUUUUUUUUUCUUUUCUACUCUGGAUUGACCUCAACCAGUCUGACCCCCCACCAAGACCACGACCCUGUGGGCCUCUGAUUUAGGGUACCGACAGACAUCAGCCUUUGCCCUGGGAACUAAUGAGUUAAAUAUGAUGGCUUGACAGAUUGAUGGUGGUCACGGUCAUGCUCUUUGUCUUCAGUCAUUUCCUUAGGUAGACAUGGAAUUAUCUCCAUGAUAGUCCUUGCAUGGCUGGUCCUACCCAGCCCCCAAAGUUGGAGAGACAAUAGUCUAUUAACUUUUGGUCAGUGACAUCAUGGCUUGAAGGACUAUCCUUUGUGUGAUAAAUUUUAAUGUCGCCAGAACGUGUGGGGGACCCAAGGAAAUGCAUUUCGAUGAAGUCACUUAAUGUAUUACACUUUUCUGUUUAAUUGUUUUUCCUUGUCAGUUGCGUAUGUGAAGCAAUUAAAUAAUAACCAUUCUAUAGAUCUCGAGGAUCUAACCUACACCGAGAAUUGCAUGCAUCUCCAACUCUACAACUGACCACAUCUGAAUUUACUACAUAACUUAUGUUUUUGAUAUAUAUGAGAUGUAAUAUAAAAAGUGUGAAGAUCCUGAAAAAAUGAAAGGUUUUUCAUGACAAAUGGGACAUGUCAAGGUGUCGAAGUCCUAACUAGGGGGAAAGGAAAAUUUACUGCCCAGUUUCAUUUCCGCCAUUGACUUUUCAGCAUUCUGUUCAUGUGACUCUAUGGCCUCCUAGCUGGCUUUUAGAAGUUCAGUACACAAAAGAAACACUAAAGCAAUAAGAUGUCUCUGCAUCCUCUAUAGCUCUGUUGCUGUCGACUUGAGUACAGAACCCCCCCCCCCCCCCCCCCCCUCGCAACAAAGUGGGUUAUUGCAGUCCGAGAUGCUCUCCUGAACUUGCUAACUGGAAUGUCUCUCAUUAGGUCACCAGAGAUCCUGCACGUGGCUCCGUGUCUGUUUUUUGUAAACACUGGUUUGAUGUGCAUCUCAUACCCAAGGACACUGAAAGCAAUGGCAGAUUGAAAUGUUAAUUCCGAUGAGAAUUCAGCGGCCCAUUGUGAACACGCUGUGUUGCUAUGGAUGUCGACCAUUCCUCUUUUCCUACCCAUGACAGAAAAAUGAGAAGGGUCGACAUGAGAAAUGACUGGAGGGGAAUAGGUGCUUGCUUUCCACAGUUCUUAGACAACAUGCAUGGUGCUCUCUGUCUUCUCACAUAUGUAGACAUGGAGCCAAAGAGUCACUGAAUCAUGCAUCGUUGAAGUAUGGGAAUUGCAUAGAAUGCCUCUCUUAUUGGUUUUUUUUUGUUUCAAAAAAUGUUACUCGUAGGAUAAUGUGACGUUCCUUCACAAGGUGAUUGGUGUGUCUCCUUGUGUCAUUUAAAUGUCAAUGAAUCAGCUGUAUAAUUUGACGUCGUAAGAGCUCUGUGGACUGCCUGUACUGUUACAAUGAAGGUGACAAGUCUUCACAGAUGUCUUUCUAUCCAACACCACAGAUAAGCUACUCUCCAACACCCAACGCAUAGUUUCUCUUGGUUAAAUCGCACCUUUCCUUUUCCCCUCUGUCUUCAACAGCGUCAUCCAGAAGAAAAUACCAGACUUUGACUGUUCUGAAGGUGCAGGUGGUUCACUCUGACAUGUUAGUACUGAUUAUACAUGAAUGAAUUGUAGCCAUUUUCAUAAAAAAUUGUGAAGUUGAUAUUAUUUACAUUUAGUUUUUCUGUUAGCAUAACUUAUUGUUACUAUUGUCACUGUGACGUUACGUGUUUAGCUGUUGAACCUGUUUAUUAUACUGGAUGGUAAUAUGUACAAUGAAUAAAAAACAGUGUACUUCUUUAA